CCUCCUUGCGGAAGAGAGAGAGAGAGAGAGAGGAGCGUCCAGGACAUGAGUGACACAGAGGGCUCGAAGAUGGAAGCUCUCCUGUGCUGGGCAGCACAUAUCGGCAUCUCCGACGAUCCUUCUCCAGCCCCUUCCUCCUCCAUCCCCUCCUCUUCCUGCUUGGGACAUUCCCUUGUCGUAUCACACUUCUCGGACGCUGGCGGGAGGGGUUUGGCCGCCAGCCGCAAUCUCAGGAUGGGUGAAUUAAUCCUGAGAGUUCCGAGAGCGGCAUUGUUCACGAAGCAGAACGUGCUGCAUGAUGAAAAGCUAGCAUCCUGCGUGAACAAGCACCCUAAUCUGUCGCCUUCACAGAAAUUGACCAUAUGUUUAUUGGCUGAAGUGGCAAAAGGAAGGGGAUCUUGGUGGUACCGUUAUUUGGUUUUGUUGCCUUCGAGUUAUGACACACUGCCAAAUUUCCAUGAAUUUGAAAUUCAGGCUCUGCAGGUAGAAGAUGCUAUCUGGGUUUCAGAAAACGCUAUUGUAAAGGCUAGAUCAGACUGGAAGGAAAGUUUAAUUGUCAUGCAAGAAAUGGUGGUCAAACCCCAGCUUUUAUCUUUUAGGUCAUGGCUUUGGGCUUCUGCGACGAUAUCCUCCCGGACAUUAUUUAUACCAUGGGAUGAUGCUGGUUGCUUGUGCCCUGUUGGUGACUUGUUUAACUAUGCUGCACCUGAUGACAAGUCUUGCGCUGAAGGUUCUCAAGUUGAGGGCCACGAAGUAAAGGAACUCACUGAACUGGCUGAUUCCAAUACUCAGAGAUUAACAGAUGGUGGAUAUGAGGAGAGUUCUGCUUCAUAUUGUUUCUAUGCUAAGAGAAAUUACAAGAAGGGAGAGCAGGUUCUUCUGAGUUAUGGAACAUACUCUAAUCUGGACCUCCUAGAACAUUAUGGCUUUCUUCUCUCAACCAACCCCAAUGACAAGGCAUUUUUGCAGCUUGAUAUAGAUGUAAAUAUAUCCAAUACUUGGGCCAAGGACUUGUUAUAUAUCCAGCCGGAUGGAAAGCCUUCUUUUGCUCUGUUGUGUGCCCUGCGUUUGGGAGCAACUCCCAUGAACCUUCGAAGAUCACUUGGGCGUCUAGCUUAUGCUGGAUUUUUGCUCUCUAAUGAAAAUGAGGCGAUUGUGAUGAAGAAGUUGGCAAAGCGAUGCUGUAUGGUUUUGGAAGAUUUUCCGACUACAAUAAAGGAUGAUGUCUCAUUGCUUAGCGUUAUGGACAAAAUACUGAAUUUUAGCACUUGUUUCGAUAGGCUGGAUUUGGCAUUUUGCCGCGAAGAAUUUGUUGGCUUCAUGCAAGCCAAUGGUUUGCAAGGUGAGAGCUUAUUAGAUACUACCUUACUAUCUGCAAAGGCUUUGAGGUCAUUGGAGAGAUGGAGAUUGGCAGUUCGAUGGAGAUUGUGCUACAAGAAGAUUCUCUCCAAUUGCAUUUCUUAUUGCAGUAAGGUGAUGAGUGAAAUGUCAUGAAAUUUUGGCUGUUAACUGGAGAGUAGAAUGUACAUUUUUUUUUUACAUCCUGGCAAGAGGACAUCAAGUUGAUUCCUUGUUAAUAUCA